ACAAACGCGCACUGACUAGUUUGUCAUAUUUACUUUGCUUCUGCGCGAAACACUUACUCACACUAAUACAACAAACUUCAGUAUUGUGUUCUCCUUCGUUUCACGCCAGUUCAAUAAGGCGUCUUGCCUGAGCGCUUUCAUUUGAGUGCUCAACUCAGAUAACGGGAUCAGUGGCGUAUUAGCUGUGUCCCGCUUCCACUUAUGUCAAUUGAAAUGCAUACUCUCUGCUGUAUCUGCAGGCUGCAAUCGAAGGGAAGCAAGUCAACGGGAUCAGUUGGAAUGAGCUGUCAACAGUGAUGGCAUAAACACAUUCUAACUCUUUAGCUAUUUCUUCAACAACUGCCCAAACGAAUUUCUGUUGAUCUGGCAACACUGGUCGCUUGCAUGACCAACUUUUAAGAGCUUGGCUAAAAAGAGCAUAAGCCACGCUAUGCGAAUUUAUGCGAAAAGCAACUCAAUUGCUGGCGAUCGAGCGUCUGCGUCUGCGAGCCACAAGUCACAUCACGUCACGUUCCUGGUAUAAAACCAAAUGCGGAGCGCUUAAUGCAAUCAGUCGCCAGCCGCAAGUCGUCAGGUGAAGAGCCCAGCAACAACAAGUGAAAGAAAGCUGCAAAGCAAGUGCUCAUAGUGCUGUAUAGAGAGAGACCAACCAACCAUCCACGCGAGUGCAAAGUGCAAAAGUGUUGCAAGCCGAAAAAUGCAUCGUGCCCCAAGCCAAAUGAAGUUAGCCGGAGGAGCUCAGGUGCUACUGCUGCUGCUGCUGCUAUUCGUUGCCAGCUGCCAGUCGCGGCCCAUGGAUCUGUACGAUGAUGUUAGCGAUUUCUUUGACGCCAUCUCCUUGGACGACGUGGCCAACACGGGCCGCAACACGCAUCCGGAGCAGUUCUGUAUGAUGCCCGCCCGCAAGGGCGUGUGCCGCGCCCUGAUACCGCGCUGGCGCUACGAUCCGGAGCAGAAGAAGUGUGUGGAAUUCAAAUUCGGUGGCUGCGAUGGCAACGAGAACAAUUUCCCCAGCUACAAGACCUGCAUGGCCACCUGCGAGGGCAUGUAGCUGGUGGAGCUGGAGCAGCAAGUGAAGGAGAACAGCUGAUCGGCAUUUUCGUUUCCGGUCGGCAGGCGUUGCCAAAGGCGCGUGCCUUUGCUUUUCGUCCUCGAAUCAAAGGCAGCAUUUAUUUUAACACACACACACUCGCAUACACCUCUACACACACAUUCCCAUUAAGCAACUUGCUUUAAACAUUUCUC